AUGAUUUUUGUGCUUUUUUUUAUUGGACUGGCAACAGCGCUGCCGUUGUUUGGCCAGCAGCACCGUCUGAUUUCUCGGCAGCCCAAUGAGCUGACGAAGGUGACGGAGACCGAGUGCUGGAGAUUGAAGCAGCAAAAUGCGCAAUUUCUGGACCUCACUGUCCGGUAUCCCACCUUGCUGGAACCCAUGAGAGAAGGCCAAUCGGUCAGCGUUGCCCUUGAAAAACCGGUUACUGUAUACCGUUAUCCCAAUGGGUCCGAGUUCCACCAGAAAGAGGUUAGAUCGCUUUUCGCGGAUAUCGAUCCUUCCAAGAUCCACGGAGCAUUGAAAGAGCUCAGCUCGUUCAAGUCACGGUAUUACAAGUCUGAAAAAUAUCUUGACUCCUCCAUAUGGGUUUACGGCAAGCUCAUGGGCUAUGCGCUUGGCAGAGAGAACUACAACCUGACCGUGGUCAACCACGAGAAUUUCCCGCAAUCGUCGUACAUUUUGCAGAUAAAGGGCACCAACGAUUCCGCUGAGACGCCGACAGUUGUUCUUGGAGCACACAUUGACUCGGCAAAUUUGGUGUUGCCAUCGUUUCUACCUGCUCCGGGUGCAGACGACGACGGUUCCGGGGUCGUGACGCUGCUGGAAACGCUGCGGAUCGUGACGGAGCACGGGCUUGCUUUCUCCAACAACAUCGAGUUCCACUUUUACGCAGCAGAGGAGGGCGGCAUGCUUGGCUCGCUGGACAUUUUCAACGCGUAUUUCCUACAGAAAAAAGUGGUUGCCAUGCUCCAGCAGGACAUGACGGGCUACGCCUCAAAAUCACUCCAUCAAGGACGACCGGAACAUUUCGGACUCGUCACCGACUACACGUCGCCGUACUUGAACGAGUUUUUGCGACAGGUUAUUGAGACGUACUGCCUGAUUCCUGUUUUCGAGACUGCGUGCGGCUACCCCUGUUCCGACCAUUACAGCGCGCACAUGAACGGGUUCCCGGCAGGAAUGGUAGCAGAAGCCCAGCGCGAGUACUGGAACCCGUACGUGCACACGACAGGGGACACGAUUGACAAGCUGAGCAUGCUGCACAUGGCAGAGCACGUGAAGCUGUGUCUGGGGUACGUCUACGAGCUGGGAGAGUACUCGUUUUAG